ACCUGUUGCGAGUAUGUGUAGCACUGAAAGAACAAUAUUAAUCUCUAGCGUUCCAAUGUAGUUGGAUUUUAUUUCGAAUCAUUUGCUUGUCAAACACACUUCACAUCAUUUUCGUUGACACUGUCGGCUCCGUUGAAUUUUAACAUAAAAUUCGUUUGUGUCGUUUUGCAUUGAAAUAUUUCCUCAUUUUUUUUUUCAUUUCAUCUAAGUGUUCAUAUCAAUUGAAAGGAUAUUGCUAUUAUUGUAAAAAAAUUGUGAAUAAGAAAUGACACAACCAAAAGUUCAAGAAAGUAUGGAUCGAUUGCUGUCCAGCUUAACGAGAAAUCUCAGAAAUACACUUGGCAACAUUUCCGAGCAUAACGAAAAGGCGAAAAAUGAAGACGGUUUGGCGGCUAUACCGAUCGACGACGCUCUCAAGAUAUAUUUGACCGACAGUAUUGUCGGGUUUUGCCGAAAUUCUUGCCGAAAUUUGAUGGAAGAGCGACAGAGAUUAAACGCGUACAAAAGACGAGUGAACUCCAAUGAUGACGCACCACCUGAGAAAGCACCCGCGGCCGGCUUUGACAUCAAUGACCCAGCCAUUGCAAGCAGCACAUUUGUGGUGAAGGACGAAUUGACUACAGCUGAAAAAAUGACUACAGCUGAAAAAGUGCCGAACGAUAAAACAUCACCAAUCAUGGAUAAAAAAGAAGGGAAAGAAAAAAAAUUGUACCAAUAAAAAUAACAGUCUAGAGACUGGAUGUAUCUUCCCACAGAAUAGAUUCUAUCGAAUAAUAAAAAAAACUGUCUGUUGUUCAAAAUUCAACUGGACCGACCAGCAUAUUCAUUACGUCCGAAAUAAAGUGUUUUAACAUCA